CACACACACACACACACACACACGUGACGUCGUAACCGGGGAAAAGUCCACUCCAGCACGCGCAUGACAGACUCAGCGGCUGCUCCGGUCUCCGUCGUGUCUCGAGCUUUAAUAAGAUUCUCAUAUAUUUUAUUACACUGAAAUGCUCGGUCCGUCUCAGCAUACACGGCAAAUCAGCACCUUCUUGCUCUCUUUCCUCUUUUAAUAUGUCCACUUCCGGCUGCCAGUCGGUGGUGUGAAACUGAGGGACAUCGAGCUCGCGCGCAUUCGUUACAUUCGGGACGCUUUGAAGAUGUUUGACACGCGCGGGAUCCCGUUCGUGCUGCUGGACGUCGCCUGUCUGGUCCUAGCUGGCCUUCCUCUGGCGGCCUUUAACCUGGGUAAAAUCAAGCCCUAUCAGAGGGGCUUUUUCUGUAACGACGAGAGCAUCGGUUACCCUUUUCACCCCAGCACCGUCACCUCCAAUGUGCUCUACACGGUGGGCUUCACUCUGCCCAUCUGUAGUAUGAUCAUUGGCGAGUGCGUUUCGAUCUAUCUAAAACGUAUCAAAUCAAAGUCCUCUUUUAGCAACAGCUAUGUUUCCUGCCUCUAUAAAGCGAUCGGCACUUUCGUGUUCGGUGCCGCCAUGAGCCAGUCCCUCACCGACAUCGGCAAGUACUCGAUCGGCCGCCUGCGACCACACUUCCUGGAUGUGUGUAAGCCUGACUGGAGCACGAUCAACUGCUCGAGCGGAGCUUACAUCGAGAACUUCUCCUGCUCUGGGGACCUGAAGAUGGUAAAUGAAGCCAGGUUGUCCUUCUACUCCGGUCACUCCUCCUUCUCCAUGUAUUGUAUGCUGUUCUUGGCACUUUAUCUGCAGGCUCGGAUGAAGUACGAAUGGGCUCGACUCCUGCGACCCACAAUCCAGUUCUUCCUGAUUGCUGCAUCUGUAUAUACAGGACUGUCCCGUGUCUCUGACUAUAAACACCACUGGAGUGACGUCCUCACGGGCCUCCUACAGGGAGCCGUCAUGGCCUUACUGGUGGUCUUCUUCGUGUCCGAUUUCUUCAAGAAGCCGGCAUCCCCGCAGAAAGAGGACGAUAUGGGGCACACCAACCUACAGGAGACGCCGACUAACGGAAACCACUAUGACAUCACUAGCUGAAGCUACAAGGAACCGUCGCUCUGCGUCUCGCUGUUCCGACAGCGGGGUCGGAUGUCAGAGCGUGAGGAAGGACCACUGGGGUGGAAACCUGUGAAUGUAUCCCCCGCUUUCCCCAUCUCUGCUACACCCAGACUCUGCAUCCCAUGAUGCCUUUGGGCUGCCGAUGCUGCUUUUCCUGUGUAUGAUGCUAACAGAUUUGCUUCUUCAAGCAAAGUUUUUUUUAAAUAAAGAAAUAUAAACUCGC